AUGACUGACCAGGAGAAGACCGCCGGUCCCCUGGAGGAUAGCCCGGUGCCGUUUCUGACUCUGAGGUCCUUCUUUCUGGGAGCCUUUGUCUCCGUGGGAGGUAUCAUUUUCGGAUAUGACACUGGACAGAUCUCUGGUUUCUUGGAAAUGAAGAACUAUCUGCAGCGCUUUGGACAGGCCAAAGGCGAUGGAACAUACUACUUUAGCAACGUCCGGUCAGGUCUGAUCGUUUCCUUGUUGUCCAUUGGAACCUUGGUCGGUGCCCUGCUUGGCGCUCCCCUUGCGGAUCGCAUCGGUCGUAAAUGGUCGAUCAGCUUCUGGUGUCUUAUGGUAGACGUAGGCUUGAUUAUCCAGAUCUCUGCCCCGGAGCACAAGUGGUAUCAGAUGAUGAUGGGACGUUUCGUUACCGGUCUCGGUGUAGGCGCCUGCUCGUUGGUGGUGCCCAUGUACCAAAGUGAAAGUGCACCGCGUCAAGUUCGUGGUUCUAUGAUUGCUUCAUACCAGUUGUUUAUCACAUUGGGUAUCUUUAUCGCCAACUGCAUCAACUACGGAACGGAAGCCAUAGAGAACACGGCCUCAUGGCGGAUCCCGCUAGGCAUUACUUUCCUCUGGGCUCUCUUUUUGGGAUUCGGUAUCCUUCUGUUCCCAGAAAGUCCCCGUUACGACUUCCGACAUGGGCGGGUCGACAGGGCCAAACGCACCAUGUCCAAGCUCUACGGCGUGUCUUCCAACCACCAGGUCAUCGUCAACGAACUGGCCGAAGUCCGUGAGCAGUUUGAUGCCGAAAUGGCCUCGAAGAAUGAGCCUUGGUACGAGAUCUUCCGGGCUCCGCGCAUGCUAUACCGUAUUCUUCUGGGCGUCGUGCUGCAGGCAUUCCAGCAAUUGACUGGAGCAAACUACUACUUCUACUACGGCACCACCAUGUUCAGGGGCGCUGGCAUCAGCAACACUUAUGUCACGCAGAUGAUCCUGGGUGGUGUCAACUUUGGCAGCACGUUUGGAGGUCUGUACGUGAUUGAGCGAUUCGGCCGACGCAAGUCUCUGAUCACGGGCGGUAUCUGGAUGUUCGUGUGCUUCAUGGUCUAUGCCUCGGUGGGACACUUUGCACUCGACGUCAACGAACCCAGCAACACGCCCGGCCCGGGUAAAACCAUGGUUGUUUUCGCCUGUCUCUUCAUCUUCGCGUACGCCAUGACCUGGGGUCCGAUGGUGUGGGCCAUCGUCGCCGAACUCUACCCAUCCCGUUACCGCGCCAAAUCAAUGGCCAUGGCCACCGCUUCCAACUGGCUCUGGAACUUCCUCAUCAGUUUCUUCACCCCGUUCAUUGCUGGCGACAUUGACUUUGCCUACGGCUACGUCUUCGCUGGCUGUCUCUUCUUCGCUGUUCUGAUCGUCUACUUCUGCGUGCUCGAGGGCAAGGGCAAGACCCUCGAGGAGAUCGACAUGAUGUACGUGAUGCGCGUUGCUCCCUGGAAGAGCAGCAAGUGGGUUCCCCCACCGCUAGAAGAGCGCAUCACCACCGGAGUCGUCCAAGACGCUCGCGUUGGCGACGAACCGGGCCGGAAACGGACUAUCGCCGAAGGUACUGAGAACACUCACACUGAGACCAUCUCAUAG